AUGGGGCAGCCCUGGGCGGUAGGGACCGCGGAGGCCGCUCCCGCGCGGCUGCCCCUCGUGCUCACCGCGCUUUGGGCUGCGGCGGUGGGCCUGGAGCUAGCUUACGUGUUAGUGCUGGGCCCCGGGCCACCUCCGUUGGGACCCUUGGCCCGGACCCUGCAGGUUGCGCUGGCAGCCUUCCAGCUGCUCAACCUACUGGGCAACGUGGGGCUCUUCCUGCGCUCGGACCCCAGCAUCCGGGGUGUGAUGCUGGCCGGCCGUGGUCUGGGCCAGGGCUGGGCUUACUGCUACCAGUGCCAAAGCCAGGUGCCGCCGCGCAGCGGGCACUGUUCUGCCUGCCGCAUCUGCAUCCUCCGCCGGGACCACCACUGCCGCCUGCUGGGCCGCUGCGUGGGCUUCCGCAACUACCGGCCCUUCCUGUGUCUCCUGCUCCACGGCGCGGGUGUCCUGCUGCAUGCCUCUGUGCUGCUGGGCCCGGCCCUGUCGGCCCUGCUGCGAGCCCACACACCCCUCCAUACCGCCGCCCUGCUCCUGCUGCCCUGGCUCAUGUUGCUCACAGGCAGAGUGUCCUUGGCACAGUUCGCCCUGGCCUUCGUGACUGACACGUGCGUGGCGGGUGCGCUGCUGUGCGGGGCCGGGCUGCUCUUCCACGGGAUGCUGCUGCUCAGGGGCCAGACCACGUGGGAGUGGGCUCGGGGCCAGCACGUGUACGACCUGGGCCCCUGCCACAACCUGCAGGCAGCUCUGGGGCCCCGCUGGGCCCUCGUCUGGCUCUGGCCCUUCCUGGCCUCCCCGUUGCCGGGGGACGGGAUCACCUUCCAGACCGCAGCCGACGUGGGACUCAUGGCUUCCUGACUCCAGGAAGCGCCUGAGCUUGUACAAGCCGCACACGGCGAGGAGAGGGGACUUGUAACUCAUUUCAGGCCCACCCCCGCCCCCAGCCUCAGAGGGAGGCAGGCUGGUACUUGAUGCCUGCUUUCAGCAACUCCCAUCACCACCCUUGGGCUUGCCCAUGCCCAGCUUGGACUCCUAGGGUCCAGGGCUUGGGCCCUGCGAUUCAGCCUCUGUCAGUGGCCCCCGAGGACUGUGAAAGGUCUGGCAAGGGGCUGCUCGGCCUGCCUGGUCGCCCCAUUGCCAGGUUAAUAAAGUGCCCACUUGGUUCUGGAACUCCCUCCA